CAUCCUGAACAUUGCUGUGUUCUUGAACUGUCUCAGCUGCAUUGUACGGAAGCUGCAAUCCUAUGAAGAAACUGUAAGUUCCUCACUCCUGCCGCACCAGACGUUUAUGCAGCAGCAGCAGCAGCAUGAUCUCGGCUCCCAGCCUGUCACACACGGACGUAAUGCUAUAGACUGAGGAGGAGGAGCAUGAGGCGGCUGUCGCUGACUGUAGGGGGAGGGAGCUGCAGCGUCAUUGGAAAUUCCCUUAUUCGGACAAUCAGGACAGGGACUUUCCCCUGGACAGUGGCUUGCACAGACUCCGUGUGGACCUGGGAUAAAGCUGGAAGCCAGCCGCCCAAUAGGAGGAAGUCAAGCUGCAGCCUCAGGCUGAAAAGAGGAAGUUCCCUGGCAGCGUGUGGGGAUUAGUGCUGGCGGGGUGCACUACAGAGAAGGAGAGGAACAUACAAGCUCCCACUCUCCUGUUAUGUUUAUCCCUGCACUGUGAUACUGAGGCUGCAACCUGGCAGGAGAAAAUGAGUAACAAUAUCCCAAUCUGCAAAAUGGAAGCAUAUGAUCCUUAUAUUAUUCCAAGGGAACCGGAUGAAAACUGUCUUGAUUAUCCUCCGCUAAUAGAAACCCCGGACCCUGAGAUGGAAAUACCAAAUGGUCCAUAUCUGGUGAUUAUUGAACAGCCAAAACAGCGUGGUUUCCGAUUUCGCUAUGUAUGUGAGGGGCCGUCCCAUGGAGGAUUACCAGGGGCAUCCAGCGAGAAGGGAAAGAAAACCUAUCCAACAGUUAAAAUCUUUAAUUAUGUUGGUAUGGCCAAGAUCGAAGUGGAUUUGGUAACACACACGGACCCGCCACGUGUUCACGCUCACAGCCUGGUGGGAAAGCAUGCCAACGAAACGGGAAAUUGCGUGGUGACUGUAGGACCUAAGGAUAUGACUGCUCAGUUUAAUAACUUGGGCAUUGUUCACGUCACGAAAAAGAGCCAGAUUGAAAUAUUGAAAGACAAGAUGAGACAGCAGAUACUGAGGAAUUGUAGGGGGUCACGCACGCUCACAGAACUUGAUGAGAAGAAGAUUGAGGCUGAAGUUAAAGAGCUGAAGAAAGUUACAGAUUUGAGCAUCGUUCGGCUACGGUUCACAGCCUAUUUGCCCGACAGCUCGGGAGCUUAUAACCUUCCUUUGAAGCCAGUGAUCUCAGAUCCCAUCCAUGACAGCAAAUCUCCUGGAGCAUCAAACCUGCGCAUUUCUAGAAUGGACAAGACAGCGGGUUCUGUAAAAGGAGGGGAUGAAGUGUACCUCCUCUGUGAUAAAGUGCAAAAAGAUGACAUUGAAGUGAGAUUUUAUGAAGAUGAUGAAAACGGAUGGCAGGCUUUCGGGGACUUCGCACCAACUGAUGUUCAUAAGCAGUAUGCCAUUGUUUUUCGGACCCCUCCAUACCACCGUCAGAAAAUUGACCGACCAGUCACUGUGUUCUUACAGCUGAAGCGCAAGCGUGGUGGAGACGUCAGCGACUCUAAACAGUUUACCUAUUACCCACUGGAACAAGACAAAGAAGAAGUGGAAAGGAAGAGGAGGAAAGAUCUUCCAUCAUUUAACCAUUCCUAUGGUGGAGGAGCACCCAUGGGGGGUGGUGGCGGAGGAUCUGGAGGUUUUGGGCAUGGAGGUGGGAACAAUAUGAAUUACCCAUAUGGAGGGGUGUACCCUGGUUUCCACACACACUAUCAGGGUGGGGGCUAUAUGAUGAAGGACUCCUCAGCAGUUCCAUCAUCUGAAACUACACCGCAAGUAGCAAACCUGAAGAAAGAAGAUACCUCUGUCAGCCCUACACAGGAAGAUCCAUCAUCUAAGCAACGAGAAGCUUCGUACUCAGAGGCUGUGCACCAAGCUCGCAUGUACAAUAUGAGAAUGCUGUCCUUGGCUCAGCGCACAUCUAGGGCCUUAAUGGACUAUGCAGUAUCCGCAGACCCUCGCAUCUUGUUGGCUGUGCAGAGACCUCUGACCGCUACUCAGGAUGAGAAUGGAGACACGCCACUCCAUCUUGCUAUCAUCCAUGGUCAGACAUCUGUCAUUCAGCAGCUGGUAGAAGUUGUCAGGAGUGUCCCAAAUCAACAAAUCCUCAACAUAUGCAACAGCCUCCACCAGACUCCGCUACACCUUGGUGUGAUCACUAAACAGUACCAGGCAGUUGCCAUUCUGUUAAGGGCGGGAGCAGACCCUACUAUCCUUGACCGAUAUGGGAAUUCGGUGCUGCACUUGGCUGUACAAGGUGGAGAUGAUAGAAUGCUUCAGGUUAUUUUAGAACAUCCCUACGCUGGAUGCAGAAAUCUUCUCAACGUACCAGACUACCAUGGUUUGUACCCAGUUCACUGGGCAGUGAAAGUGAAGAAUGAGAAAUGUUUGGAGCAGCUGGUGAUAAGAGGAGCCAAUGUGAACGCUGUAGAGCGCAAGAGUGGAAGAUCCCCGCUACAUAUUGCUGUGGAAAUGGACAACCUAAAUAUGGCAAUGUUCCUAGUGAAGAUACUGGGAGCAGAUGUCAACGCUCAGACGUUUGCAGGAAAUACACCGCUACAUCUGGCUGCGAGUCUUGGAUCUCCAGUACUGACAAAGAUGCUCAUCGGUGCAGGAGCAAAUGUUCUGCUACAAAAUGAUGAGCCUGUGCAGGGCACCGCAUCUGCUGAUAGUGACGAUACAGACAGUGAUUCAGAUGUGCAAAUGGAUACCGACUCUGACCAGCAGGGGGACACAGACUCCGAAGACGGUGACCCCACAGAGCAGGCAAACAGAAGGGUACAGUGUGGCGUUAAGAGACGGUAUCCUGGACACACACCGCUGGACUUAACAAGAAGUCAGAAGGUGCGAGAUAUCUUGUCUAACCACACAGCUGGAAAUGCAGUGAAGCCAGCAACACAAGACCCAGGUAAUGUUCUAUCUCUAGAAACGAAUACUGUACAGCGCCUUGAGAAACUACUAAAUGAGGGGCAGACUGGGUUAGACUGGACUGAGCUUGCCUCUCGCCUGAGACUUCAGAGUUUGGUUGACACGUAUAGGAACUCUGCCUCCCCAACAGAGAGCCUCCUGCGCAGUUAUGAGCUUGCUGGUGGAAGCCUUAACAAGCUCAUUAAAACACUAGAGUCCAUGGGCCUGAACGAGGGUGUGGAAUUGCUGUGUAAAUCGGAGACCCAUAUGAAGCCGGAAAAUCAUGAGAUGAUUGACAGUGCAUAUGGUAGCCAAUCUGUAGACCAGAAACAAUCUACAGGAUCUGAACCUCAGAAACCUUUUCUCCCAGAGACUACAAGGAUGUCUCCAACACAAGAACUAGCCCAAAGAACCAAAUCGGCUAGUGGACAAUAGCGACCUGUUGUUAAGAGACUCUUUGAAAUAUGGGAUAUCCGGAUCCAUCAAAAAACAUAAUAGAUGCUACUGUGGUGCGUGACAUUUAGUUCAUCAGAGGAACCAUGGAUUUCCUUUCUUCAAUAAUACAGUUGAUUUCAGAGUAAACGGUGGCAGUAAGUCACAAUCAACACUGCUGAGUACUCUUUGUGCCUAUAUCUAUUAUAUGAAUCAGUUUGGUGGGAUCUCCUUUCAGAACUGCAAGGAAUGAGGAUUGGAGGAUCCAAAAGUUCUUUAGCUCAAAUCCAACAUAUUCCUUAAAUAAAACAACAAAACAAAAAAAUUCCCCCUGAUUUUUUUUUUCAUCUUGGCAACAUUGGAGCGUUAAUCGGACACUUGUACACAGUUAAAAAAUAUGUUUUACUGAAUGGACUAAUAGUAAAAUAUCUGUGGGAGAAUCUUCAGGCAUACACAGGCCGUAUUUCUCUUGCCCUGUAAUAUGUCACAUUUACCUUCUGUACUUACAGUAUGUUCACGCUUCUGCUCUUAUUUAAAAAGUCUAUUUUUACUAUGAAUAAAUGUUACACAUUUUA